CGAGGUCCCUUGUGCCCACUCUACUGCGGACCCCCGGACACUUUAAGGAAUAACCCUCGGCAGCUGCACGAUUCACUUUCUCCAGAACCUCAUGGGCAGUUUCUCCCGCCGGCGAUGAUGGAGAACUUAAUACGGGGAAGGAAUCCCCCACAAUAUCAGAGAAGUCCUUGUAAAGAAGUUCGUGCAGCACUUCGGAAGAGGCCUGAAGAGGAGUUGCAGUGCCUGGAGAUGACCACCAAGCGGAAGAUCAUUGGCCGUCUGGUGCCAUGCCGGUGUUUCCGAGGUGAAGAAGAAAUCAUCUCAGUUUUAGACUAUUCCCACUGCAGCCUUCAGCAGGUGCCAAAGGAGGUUUUUAACUUUGAACGGACAUUAGAGGAGCUUUAUCUAGAUGCCAAUCAAAUUGAAGAGCUACCAAAGCAAUUGUUCAACUGUCAAGCUCUAAAAAAGCUAAGUAUUCCUGACAAUGACCUUUCAAAUCUGCCAACCACUAUCGCUAGUUUAGUAAACCUUAAAGAACUCGACAUCAGUAAAAAUGGUGUACAAGAAUUUCCAGAAAACAUAAAGUGCUGUAAGUGUUUAACAAUUAUUGAAGCCAGUGUCAAUCCCAUUUCUAAACUCCCUGAUGGCUUCACGCAGCUUCUAAAUCUGACCCAGCUCUACCUGAAUGAUGCCUUUCUUGAAUUUCUUCCAGCCAAUUUUGGAAGACUUGCCAAAUUGCGGAUAUUGGAGUUAAGAGAAAAUCACUUGAAAACUCUACCAAAGUCAAUGCACAAACUGGCCCAGUUGGAAAGACUUGACCUAGGCAAUAAUGAAUUCAGUGAGCUGCCUGAAGUUCUGGAUCAAAUACAAAAUUUAAGGGAGUUGUGGAUGGAUAAUAAUGCAUUGCAAGUGCUACCUGGGUCUAUAGGGAAGUUAAAGAUGUUGGUAUACCUGGAUAUGUCAAAAAACAGAAUAGAAACUGUUGACAUGGACAUUUCUGGAUGUGAAGCCCUGGAGGACCUCUUACUGUCAUCCAAUAUGUUGCAACAGUUGCCUGACUCUAUAGGGUUGUUGAAAAAACUAACUACUCUAAAAGUAGAUGACAAUCAACUUACGAUACUACCCAAUACAAUCGGAAAUUUAUCUUUAUUAGAAGAAUUUGACUGUAGCUGUAAUGAACUGGAGUCUCUACCUUCUACUAUUGGCUACCUUCACAGUCUUCGAACAUUAGCAGUCGAUGAGAACUUCCUUCCAGAAUUGCCCAGAGAAAUUGGAAGCUGUAAGAAUGUAACAGUCAUGUCUCUACGCUCCAAUAAGCUGGAAUUUCUUCCUGAAGAGAUUGGACAGAUGCAGAAACUAAGAGUCUUAAAUCUGAGUGACAACAGAUUGAAGAAUUUACCAUUCUCAUUUACCAAACUGAAGGAGCUUGCAGCUUUGUGGCUUUCUGACAAUCAGUCCAAAGCCCUUAUCCCUUUACAAACUGAAGCCCAUCCAGAAACAAAGCAAAGAGUAUUGACCAACUACAUGUUUCCCCAGCAACCUCGUGGUGAUGAAGAUUUCCAGUCAGACAGUGACAGCUUUAACCCCACACUAUGGGAAGAACAGAGACAACAACGCAUGACUGUUGCCUUUGAAUUUGAAGAAAAAAAGGAAGAUGACGAAAAUGCUGGGAAAGUUAAGGAUCACUCCUGCCAAGCCCCCUGGGAAAGGGGCCAGCGUGGGAUUACUCUCCAACCUGCCAGACUGUCUGGCGAUUGCUGCACACCAUGGGCCAGGUGUGAUCAGCAGAUCCAAGAAAUGCCUGUCCCCCAGAAUGACCCACAGCUGGCAUGGGGUUGUAUAAGUGGCCUCCAGCAGGAAAGGAGCAUGUGUACUCCAUUGCCAGUUGCAGCACAAUCUACCACUCUUCCCUCUCUAAGUGGCAGACAGGUUGAAAUAAACCUAAAACGAUAUCCAACUCCUUAUCCAGAGGAUUUAAAGAAUAUGGUAAAAUCUGUUCAAAAUCUGGUGGGUAAACCAAGCCAUGGAGUGCGUGUUGAAAAUUCAAAUCCAACUGCUAACACGGAGCAAACUGUGAAAGAAAAAUAUGAACACAAGUGGCCUGUAGCCCCAAAGGAGAUUACAGUGGAGGAUUCUUUUGUUCAUCCAGCUAAUGAAAUGAGGAUUGGGGAACUUCACCCUUCAUUAGCUGAGACCCCUCUGUACCCACCCAAACUUGUUCUGCUAGGGAAGGACAAAAAAGAAUCAACUGAUGAGUCUGAAGUUGACAAAACUCACUGUCUGAAUAACAGUGUUUCCUCAGGCACUUACUCAGACUACUCACCUUCCCAGGCUUCCUCAGGAUCCUCUAACACCCGGGUUAAAGUGGGGUCCUUGCAGACAACAGCUAAAGAUGCAGUACAUAAUUCUUUGUGGGGUAACAGGAUUGCACAAUCUUUCCCACAGCCUCUUGAUGCAAAGCCAUUACUCAGCCAGCGGGAGGCUGUUCCCCCAGGGAACCUACCACAGCGUCCUGACCGGCUGCCAAUAAGUGACGCAUUCACAGACAACUGGACCGAUGGCUCCCAUUAUGAUAACACGGGGUUCGUUGCCGAGGAAACCACAGGCGAGAAUGCCAACAAUAAUCCCCUCCUGAGUUCGAAAGCUAGAAGCACAUCUUCUCAUGGACGCAGGCCUUUGAUUAGGCAGGAUAGGAUUGUUGGUGUUCCCCUGGAACUUGAGCAGUCUACACACAGACACACACCAGAAACAGAAGUGCCUCCUUCUAAUCCUUGGCAGAAUUGGACCAGAACCCCUAGUCCUUUUGAAGACAGGACUGCUUUCCCUUCCAAAUUAGAGACAACCCCUACCACCAGCCCAUUGCCUGAAAGGAAAGAACAUAUAAAAGAAUCUACUGAAAUACCUAGUCCUUUUUCUCCAGGAGUACCAUGGGAGUAUCACGAUUCUAAUCCCAACAGGAGUCUCAGUAAUGUCUUUUCUCAAAUCCACUGCCGCCCAGACUCUUCUAAAGGUGUUAUUUCAAUUAGCAAAAGCACAGAGAGGCUUUCCCCACUAAUGAAAGAUAUCAAGUCCAAUAAAUUCAAAAAGUCACAGAGUAUUGAUGAGAUUGACAUUGGUACAUACAAGGUUUAUAAUAUACCAUUAGAAAACUAUGCUACUGGGAGUGAUCACUUAGGAAGUCACGAACGCCCUGACAAAAUGUUGGGACCAGAGCAUGGUAUGUCCAGUAUGUCUCGAAGCCAGUCAGUCCCAAUGCUGGAUGAUGAGAUGCUCACCUAUGGAAGCAGUAAAGGGCCUCAACAACAGAAAGCAUCCAUGACCAAAAAAGUCUAUCAGUUUGACCAAAGCUUCAAUCCCCAAGGAGCGGUGGAAGUUAAAGCGGAAAAGAGGAUACCGCCCCCUUUUCAACACAAUUCUGAGUACGUGCAACAACCCGGGAAAAACAUCGCCAAGGAUUUGGUUAGUCCUCGAGCUUACCGAGGAUACCCACCAGUGGAGCAAAUGUUUUCAUUUUCUCAGCCAUCUGUUAAUGAAGAUGCUGUGGUCAACGCCCAGUUUGCAAGUCAAGGCGCCAGGGCAGGCUUCUUGAGAAGAGCUGACUCCCUGGCGAGCUCUACAGAAAUGGCCAUGUUUAGAAGGGUCAGUGAACCUCAUGAGCUAACUCCGAGUGAUAGGUAUGGCCGACCUCCGUAUAGGGGUGGUCUGGAUCGCCAAAGCAGCGUUUCAGUGACUGAGUCCCAGUUCCUGAAAAGGAAUGGCAGGUAUGAAGAUGAACACCCUUCAUAUCAAGAAGUGAAAGCUCAGGCGGGAAGUUUUCCAGUUAAAAACCUUACCCAAAGGAGGCCAUUGUCUGCAAGAAGCUACAGUACAGAGAGUUACGGUGCCUCCCAAACCAGGCCAGUUUCAGCUAGGCCUACUAUGGCAGCUCUUUUGGAAAAAAUACCAUCUGACUAUAACUUGGGUAACUAUGGUGACAAGCCAUCAGAUAACAGUGAUAUAAAGACGAGGCCCACUCCUGUCAAGGGAGAGGAGAGCUGUGGUAAAAUGCCUGCAGACUGGAGACAACAGCUGCUUAGACAUAUAGAAGCUAGAAGGUUAGACAGGAAUGCUGCUUACAAACACAACACAGUUAACCUUGGCAUGCUGCCCUAUGGAGGUAUUUCAGCAAUGCAUGCAGGCAGAAGCAUGACUUUAAACUUGCAGACUAAGUCUAAAUUUGAUCUACAAGAACUACCUCUUCAGAAAACCCCGUCCCAGCAAAGCAACAUUUUAGACAAUGGACAAGAAGAUGUUUCUCCUAGUGGCCAAUGGAAUCCUUAUCCUCUUGGGAGGCGGGAUGUACCUCCGGACACCAUUACUAAAAAGGCAGGCAGCCACAUCCAGACCUUGAUGGGCUCCCAAAGCCUUCAGCAUCGUAGUCGGGAGCAGCAGCCGUAUGAGGGAAACAUAAACAAAGUGACCAUCCAGCAAUUUCAGUCACCAUUGCCCAUUCAGAUCCCCUCUUCACAGGCCACUCGGGGACCUCAGCCUGGACGGUGCUUAAUUCAAACUAAAGGGCAAAGGAGUAUGGAUGGAUAUCCAGAGCAGUUUUGUGUGAGAAUAGAAAAGAAUCCUGGCCUUGGAUUUAGUAUCAGUGGUGGAAUUAGUGGACAAGGAAAUCCAUUUAAACCUUCUGACAAGGGUAUCUUUGUUACUAGGGUUCAACCUGAUGGACCAGCAUCCAACCUGCUACAGCCUGGUGAUAAAAUCCUUCAGGCCAAUGGACAUAGUUUUGUACAUAUGGAACACGAAAAAGCUGUAUUACUACUGAAGAGUUUCCAGAACACAGUAGACCUAGUUAUUCAACAUCAAGAGUCUAUUCUGACAACUUCACACCUGGCAAAGGGCACCACAGCAUAACCAGAUGAAAAACCAUGUUGGCAGAGGACCACCACUCUAAGUCUUUGGUAAAUUCAAUCAACAUCUUUGGCUGAUUCCUGAUACACUGACCAUAUAACAGGUUUUUUGAAACACUGGGUCAGUAAAAAGUUAUGCACAUAAUAAAAUCUAAUCAGUUAAGAAGACAGGUCCUUUAUGUAGUAUCAAGAAAAACAAGGUUGAGUUUUCCUCUCACAGAAAUGCUAAAUCAUUCUGAGGCUUAAUAAAAUGUUCAAACGCUGGGUUGGUGAUGUGCCCUCUCUUUUGGUUGUAUUAGUGUUACCUGAUCAUCUGGGAAUUGGGAGGAAAUCUUCAAUCUGCAUGAACUUUUUUCCUUAGUAAUACACCCAGAAAAGCAUCCUGGCUUGGCCCAGAGUAUUGCCCCCAUCACUCUCAGCACAACCAUCCCUCAAGUAUUCAUUACAGCGAGAAAAUAGAGUGUGGGCUGUGGAAAAAUAAAUGUGCAACAAAGAAAGCAUGUAGGUCAAUAUUACAGGAGAUCCCGGUCAUCACCUCUCCGAGGCAUCCUUUCAACCUCAUUUGAUCUAAACUCUUCAGAGAAUGCUUUUUGAAACACUCUACCAUACGAAACUACGGCAGAUCCAAUCAAGCUUUCUAGUUAUAUUCCGAACCUUCUGGGGUUGUUUUUGGUUCUAGAAUGCAAAACUGACCUGUCUUCCUCACUGCUGUUGCUGCUAUAGAUCCAUACCUCCAACUCCCCACGACGUUCCAAGGGCAGAUGACUGCUUCUGUCCUGCUGACACAAGGAUAAGAGGCCCCCUUAGAGUUCUGUUUGGAGACCCCUGACUAUCAACUGAUGGUUCCAGCUUCCGGUUUGGGAGGAAAUUUCUUGGGUGAUCCAGGAACCUAGUGUAGUAGCAUUAACCAAGGCUCAAAGGUGGAGCAUGGAUUAUGUCUCUGACAGCAUCAAACAAAGCUCGUGUGCAAGGGUGAAGCUGGCAGGCCUUCAAUAGAACUGUUUCCACUUCUGUUUUUGAAACGUUGGAUUUUACUACAUUGAGGACACUCUCUGAGGCUCCCAGCUGAUUGUCAUGGGGACAGGUUCCAAUCGUCCUCACCUUUGACACUGUCUGCAAGAGAAUGAUUGGGAAAUACUGUCCUGUGAUAGUAUAAACUCCAUGAUUUUAACUUUGGAGAAUUCAAAGAUUUCUGAUAAAUGGAGGGAGAAAGUCUACCUUAAGUUUUGAAUAAAGAGAGUAAAUGAAAACCUAGGAAUUUUAUUAAAGCCUUGGGCUUUUAACUAUGUGAUUAUCAUAAUCUUCUCUGAGAGCAGUUCUUCAGGAAGUAAAGAGAGAAAAACAGAGAAGGAAAAUAAUUCACCAGCCCUAUCUUUAGAAGCAUUAUUUUAUCUGGUAGCUUUUUCUCUGUUGGAUUUUGAUGUGUAACAGUGAGCUCUUGCUUUGCAACAACCCGAUGAGCACUGAACGAGAUAAGAAGUAGACGUGGAUGUAAAGCAGGCACAGAUGAGAAGGUUAUCUCUACAGCCACACCAACCUCCCCUAAUUUUCCUGGGCUGCAUAACUCACUUUUCUUGGCCUAAUUUUGUAUUUUGUUAAUAGCAGCACCUCAGAGUAGAAGAUUGUGAAAUUCAAGCAGUGUUUAUGUAGAAAGCAGUGAAAUCCUGUGACUCUGCAGGUGAAAGUCUUAUCCCUUUUUCUGUGGGUGGGGAGGCUUUUAAAAUAUUUCAUUCUUUAAGCUAGUGUAACUUUUAAUGUUUGUAGGAAAGGAUGUUGAGGGGAAAAGUUAAAUGAAUCAUCCAAUCUUUCUCUACUUUUGAAAAAGUAUAUUUUUCUCAAAUCUAUCCUUGUUACACAAUUGUAUUAUUUGUGUCAGCUUUUUUUCCCCCCCUUCUUCAAAAUAACUGGAUGAGUAAGCAGCCUAAAAAUAGUCCAGUAACUCUAUACCUAGAAUAAAACAUCUUAGUACAGAGCCUUACUUUCAUCAGCAAACUCUGUAAUUCCUCCAUAGGAGAACUGUAGCUGAAUCUCAGAUGCCUAAGAUAUGUCAUUCAUAAAUUCAAAACAUUUGGGGACAGUUUAUUGAGGAAUAUAACAGAAACAUUAAAUGUGAUGUUAACAAAUAUUUGUUGAGCAUCAGCUAUAUAGCAGGCACUAUGAGGGCUGUAACAUGGUCUCCUCUGCACAGAAUCUCACAAUCAAGGGAAAAGAUGGGAGAACUUCCCGAUCAAAGAGAGUGCACGGCCAUAUGGUGAGUCCCUGUGCCUCUGCCCUCAGCCCAUGCGUUGCAAAAGGAAGCAGCAUCCUUAUCUAGUCAAAUCUCUUUGAGGUUUGAGCAGGUUACAUGUGGAGCUAUAAAUAGGUCUUCCUACUGGGUUCUGUGGUCUUUGGGAGGUUAUAUGAGUAUUUCCCAAGACUUAGGACAAUAUUUGAGAGGCUAGAAGUGGCAAGAGUGGAUGCCUUACUGGACAAGAUAAAUAGCAACUGUAAUCCUUUGAAUCUGUGAAAGAAAAUUUCACCAAUUUGUUCCAGAGAAGAGAGAGACUAUUAGAAAAAAUGAUAUCCUUCAACCUGGCUCUGCACUGUGCCUGUAUGUCACUGACAUGAUGGAAGAAAGAGAUAGAAGCUGUAUUUUUAAAGGCUUGAUGUGUUUGAUUGAAGAGAUUCUUCUAUGCUUAAUGUACCCAAAGGAUCCCUCCUAUGACUACUGCUUCUUACAGGCCAUCAAAAAGCAUGAGUCCAGAGGAUCAAUAUUAGAAUCACUCAUGACCCACGGAGAAAUGCAAUGAGUUGAAUAUUCAUUCAGCUGGCUGCAUGUCAUGUUUAUUUACCUCACUUACUUCAGUGAGGUGAAAAGUAUUUUACUGAGUGCUGUUCAGACUAGCCCAUGAAAAUACUGCUUGCAUUAAGUGGGAUCAGACAUUCACAUAUCGUGGACAUCUGUUUAUUCUUUCAAGAAAAGUUUGAUUAUUUGAAUCUAGGAAUUACUUGUUUUCAUUCAAUCUGUGCAUAUGCAGUGUUUUAUUUUUUUUUUAACAAUUUUAUUGAGGUAAAAUUUUUCCCCAGGUUUUUUUUUGGGGGGGGAGGUU